ACUUGAUCCUAAUGUAAUAUUCGAUAGUGGAUCGCACAUUUUGCUAUUUAUUUUAGAAUUUAAUUGCGAAUUCAGAUUUACAGAUUAUUUGUUCUGAUUUAAAAAUGUCACAAUUUCUUGAUGAUCGAGACAAUGAUCUAAUGUUGUUGAAUACUCAAUGUAGUAAUUUUGAUUAUGGCGAAUAUUCACAACGACUUAAUUCAUCAUCAUCACAACAACAAUCAUACAAUCAUCAUGAUGUUUUUCAGGAUCAAGCCGGUAAUUCAUCACCAAACAAUAGUGUAGCCGCUGAUUCGAUAAUAACAUCGGAUAUAACGGGUAUAACACAGAAUUUUAGUGAAUUAAAUUUCGAAGAUGAAGACGAUGAAAAUGCUAUCGUUAAUGAUUAUAAUAAAGAAUUGCCUGGACAUGCUUGUAAAUAUUGUUGUAUACAUGAUCCAAAUACUGUUGUACAAUGUAAUAUUUGUAAAAAAUGGUUCUGUAAUGGUCGUGGUAAUACAUCGGGUAGUCAUAUUAUUAAUCAUUUAGUAAGAUCGAAACAUAAAGAAGUUAGCCUACAUAAAGAUGGUACACUUGGUGAUACUGUACUUGAAUGUUAUAGCUGUGGUUGUCGUAAUGUUUUUGUAUUGGGUUUUAUACCGGCUAAAGCUGAUUCGGUUGUCGUUUUGCUUUGUCGACAACCAUGUGCUGCACAAUCAAGCCUUAAAGAUAUGAAUUGGGAUCCCGAUCAAUGGAAACCAUUAAUAUCGGAACGAAUGUUUCUCUCAUGGUUAGUGAAAGUUCCAUCAGAUGAAGAACAGCUGAGAGCUAGACAAAUCACAGCACAACAGAUUAAUAAAUUGGAAGAACUUUGGAAAGAAGGUAGUUCUGAUGCGACAUUUUUGGAUCUCGAGAAACCGGGUGUCGAUGAAGAACCACAACAAGUAUUGGUCAGUUAUGAGGAUGCCUAUCAAUAUCAAAGUAUAUUUUCACCAUUGGUUAAACUUGAAGCAGAAUAUGAUAAAAAAUUGAAAGAAUCACAAACCCAAGAUAAUAUUGAAGUACGAUGGGAUGUUGGUCUCAAUAUGAAAAUCAUUGCCUAUUUUCGUAUUGCUAAAUCCGAUACGGAUAUGCGUUUAAUGCAUGGUGAUGAGCUUAAACUUCGUUAUGUUGGUGGUGAUCCAACAAAACUAUGGUCCGGUAUUGGCCAUGUAACGAAAAUUCCAGAUAAUUAUAGUGAUGAAGUGGCCAUUGAAUUGAAAACGAAUCAUGGCGUACCAACAAAUUUCAAUUCAAAUUUUGCUGUCGAUUUUGUUUGGAAAUCAACUAGUUUCGAUAGAAUGCAAGCUGCUUUACGUAGAUUUACCAUUGAUGAUACAUCGGUGAAUAGUAGUAUUUAUCAUAAAUUACUUGGUCAUAAUGUUGAAGAUAAACAGGUAGCAAAAUUAUCGGGCAUAAAAUUACAUAUACCACCGAAUCUACCUGAAUUGAAUAAAUCACAAAUGUUUGCCGUGAAACAAUCGGCAUCGAAAAGUUUAACAUUGAUUCAAGGACCGCCAGGAACGGGUAAAACAGUGACAUCUGCAUCGAUUGUAUAUCAUUUUGUACGAUCCGGUUCAACGCCUGUAUUGGUAUGUGCACCAAGUAAUAUUGCUGUCGAUCAAUUGACGGAAAAAAUUCAUUUAACCGGAUUGAAAGUUGUGCGAAUAUGUGCAAAAAGUCGUGAAGCAAUCAGUUCACCUGUAUCAUUUCUUGCAUUGCAUAAUCAAAUUCGUGAAAUGGUUGGACAUUCUGAAUUUCGUAAACUACAACAAUUGAAAGAUGAAACUGGUGAAUUAUCUUCAUCUGAUGAAAAACGAUAUCGAAUAUUGAAACGACAAUGUGAACGUGAAUUGCUGGAAUCUGCCGAUGUUAUUUGCUGUACAUGUGUUGGUGCCGGUGAUCCACGAUUGACUCGAUUUAAAUUUCAUUCGAUGCUUAUUGAUGAAUCGAUGCAAGCAACCGAACCGGAAUGUAUGGUACCAGUAGUUCUUGGCGUACGACAACUAGUACUUGUUGGUGAUCAUUGUCAACUUGGUCCUGUUGUUAUGUGUAAAAAAGCAGCAAAAGCUGGACUUUCACGAUCAUUAUUUGAACGUUUAGUUGUACUUGGUAUACGUCCCAUACGUUUAGAAGUCCAAUAUCGUAUGCAUCCUUCGCUUAGUGAAUUUCCAUCGAAUCUAUUCUAUGAAGGAUCAUUACAAAAUGGUGUACAUGGAUCAGAACGACAAUUGAAAGGAAAUGAUUUUCCAUGGCCAAUACCGGAUCGACCAAUGUUUUUCUAUUGUUGUCAAGGUCAAGAAGAGAUUGCUGGUUCCGGUACAUCAUAUCUGAAUCGAACAGAAGCUGCAUAUGUUGAAAAGAUUAUAACCAGAUUUUUGAAAUCUGGCCUUAAACCUGAACAAUUAGGUGUAAUCACACCAUAUGAAGGACAACGAUCAUUUCUUGUACAAUAUAUGCAACAUAAUGGAUCAUUUCAUACGAAAUUAUAUCAAGAAAUUGAAGUGGCAAGUGUUGAUGCAUUUCAAGGACGUGAAAAAGAUAUAAUCGUUUUCUCAUGUGUUCGUUCAAAUGAACACCAAGGUAUUGGAUUUUUGAAUGAUCCACGACGAUUAAACGUCGCAUUGACUCGUGCUCGUUAUGGAAUCAUAAUUGUUGGUAAUCCAAAAGUAUUGUCUAAACAACCUAUAUGGAAUCAUCUACUAUCAUUUUAUAAAGAACAACGCGUAUUAGUGGAAGGUCCAUUGAAUAAUCUCAAGGAAAGUUUGAUUCAAUUUUCCAAAGCCCGUAAAAUGUUUGUCAAUCCUAUCACCAAUGGUUUAUCACCAUUUAAUUCGGUUGCACAACCAAUGAAUAACAGCAGCAAUAAUAAUAAUAAUUUACCAUUUCAAAUGACAAUGCCAUUCGGAAUGAAUAAUCGUUUUGGUGGACCACAAUCUGGAUUAUUAUCAAAUCCAAUUACUACUGGUGGUGGUGGUGGUGGAACCAACAACAACAGCGACAAUGAUUAUUCACUGUAUUCAUCAAACAGCCAAACAAAUUCACAGCCAUAUAGUCAUCAUCAAAAUCAUAAUAAUCAUCUUCAUCAUCAUUAUGGUGGUGGUGGUCGACAUAAUCAGCAUGAUCAAUUAUCAUAUAUUGCUAAUGAUCGUGCCCAGACUAAUUUGGCUGCAAUAUCAAAUUUUCCUGUACCUAUUGGUCUAUUCAUAACGAUGCCACAGGCUAAUUAUUACGGGCAAAAUCAACAACAACAACAACAACAAAUGGCUCAUAACCAAAGAUCGAAUAAUAAUAAUAAUAAACAACAGAAUAAACGAUAUAAUCGUAAUAGUGGUACGAUUAGUCGUAGUAGUCAAGAUAGUCAAAAUUUAUCACAAAAUUUGCUCACACAACCUGGUACAUUUGGUCAACUAUCAUCGAAUAGUCAAACACAUCAUCCAGGUGCCGGCGGUUUAUAUUCAAUGCAAGGAUAUUCACAAAAUAUUCUCUCACAAACAGAUUUAUCACAGGAUCCAUAUAGUUUUGAAGAUCGAUCUCAAUUAGAUGGCCUUUUAUCACAGGAAUCAGCUUAUCAUGACCGAAGUCAUCUUUAUCUAUCCUCACAAACGGCCAAUACCGGUGCUGGAAACAGUGGUGGUGGUGGUGGUGGUACACAGCCCAAUUAAAUUCACAUUACACAUAAUAAUGUCUAUCUUUUUCUGUAUUUUUUUCCAACCCAUUGUUUGUUCAAAA